CAGAGAUAGAAUUUUUAGGCCUAGGCCUAAUUACAAGGUACAAUAAAUCCAAUUGUAAUGUAUAGUGUGAGUUCACUUUAUUUGUUGGAUUUAAAGUCUCCAGUGAUGCCUGCAUCUAACUGUACACACAUGAUCCACACUUUGUUGUAUCCAGCCGUCAUGGAGGAUCACGCUGUUCACCAGGCAGAGCACAUGACCACCAUUGAGGCCAGCGCCGUCAGCCAACAGGUGCAUGUGACCACCUUUGGCGACACAUCCAUGAUGAGCGCAGAUGAGGACUCCACUUCCUCGCCUGACGAUGACCCCUACGACGACACGGACAUCCUCAACUCGGCCGGGAACGAUGAGGUGACCGCCCACCUUGCAGCUGCAGGUCCCGUCGGCAUGGCUGCAGCUGCCGCCGUAGCAACUGGCAAGAAAAGGAAGAGGCCUCACAUCUUUGAAUCCAACCCUUCCAUCCGCAAGAGGCAGCAGACACGCCUCCUCAGAAAGCUGAGGGCCACACUGGACGAGUACACUACCCGAGUGGGUCAGCAGGCCAUCGUGUUGUGCGUCUCGCCAUCGAAGCCCAACCCGGUUUUCAAGGUGUUUGGUGCUGCUCCUCUGGAGAAUGUGGUGAGGAAGUACAAAGGCAUGAUACUGGAGGACCUGGAGAACGCCCUGGCGGAGCACGCCCCCCCCGGGGGAGAGUUGGCCUCCGAGCUGCCCCCCCUCACCAUUGAUGGCAUCCCUGUCUCUGUGGACAAGAUGACACAGGCCCAGCUCAGAGCCUUCAUCCCGGAGAUGCUGAAAUACUCGACGGGCCGGGGCAAGCCCGGCUGGGGCAAGGAGAGCUGCAAGCCCAUGUGGUGGCCCGAAGAUAUCCCCUGGGCCAACGUGCGCAGUGACGUGCGCUCCGAGGAGCAGAAACAGAGGGUGUCUUGGACGCAAGCGCUACGGACCAUCGUAAAAAAUUGCUACAAGCAGCACGGUCGUGAGGAUCUGUUAUACGCUUUUGAGGACCAGCAGAUCACCACCACAACCACCCAGCACCACCUAACCACCGCGCAGAGCAUCGCCCACCUGGUGCCGACACAGACGGUGGUGCAGACCAUCAACAACCCCGACGGCACAGUCUCGCUCAUACAAGUCGGUACGGGCCACACGGUCGCAACGUUGGCCGACGCCUCAGAGCUGCACGUUAACUACUCCACGGUGGCGGACGGCGAGGUAACAACACGGCAGUCGCAUUGUAAGGACUCUUGGAGACAGGUUCCGAUAAAAAGCGCCUACCGUCUCUUCGAGGUGGAGUCGAACUGGGCCACCCUGCAAGGCGGCGAGAUGACAAUCCAAACCACGCAUGCCUCAGAGGCCACGCAGGCGGUGGCGUCGCUGGCUGAGGCCGCCGUCGCCGCCAGCCACGAGAUUCCAACAGGAGCCACCGUCACGAUGGCGCUCAACAGUGAGGCGGCGGCCCAUGCGGUAGCAACGCUGGCCGAGGCCACCCUCCAAGGCGGGGGUCAGAUCGUCCUGGCCGAGACGGCGGCCGCUGUCGGUGCGCUAGCGGGCGUUCAGGAUGCAACAGGUCUGGUCCAGAUCCCCGUUAGCAUGUACCAGACAGUGGUGACCAGCCUGGCGCAAGGCAACCGGCCCGUGCAGGUUGCCAUGGCGCCGGUGGCGACGCGCAUCGACAGCACGGUGACGCUCAACGGCCAGGCGGUGGAAGUCGUGACCCUGGAGCAGUGAUGCACCCCUCUUACUGUGUACAAAUCACUUUUCAAUUCCAGCCAUCAUCCUGGGGUUUAGGUAUUUAUUUCCUCUUUAACUUUGAACCAACCAAAACUGCUGAACCUGCACUCCUUUCCUUUGUGCUUGUAAUCAUCAUCGCCAUGACGACAAAUUACAGCUCUUUGAUGUGUGCUCAGGAAGUACAGCAAGUCUUUAUUUUUACGUCGAUGAAUUGCUUAUUUGCAGUAAAGACGGGCUUACUAUAUGACUCCAAAAUACAAAAUAUUUUCACGUUUUAGCCUUUCUAUCCAUAAUGUAUUUUGAGCAUUCUUAUUGUUACCAAUCCACUUGUCUGAGUGUUGUACAGAUUGUAAUUCCCUGUGUGGAAUACUUGUCAUGUUUUGUUUACAUGUAACAUUAAAGUUAUAAUAAAAUGAAAAAAACUAAGAUAAUUGAUCUAAGUCACAUUGGGUAACAACAGCCAUUCCAACAAAUUGAUGCCAUUUGCUUGUUAAAAUCAUUCAUACCGGUAUAUAAUAAUAAAUAAUAAAAUACAUCAGCCAACGUGAGAUACACGGGCUUAGCUGCUUACGUGCAGUGAUUUCUCCAGAUUCUCUGAACCCUUUGAUGAUAUUUCGGACCGCAGAUGGUGAAAUCCCUAAAUUCCUUGCAAUAGCUGGUUGAGAAAGGUUUUUCUUAAACUGUUCAACAAUUUGCUCACGCAUUUGUUGACAAUGUGGUGACCCUCGCCCCAUCCUUGUUUGUGAAUGACUGAGCAUUUCAUGGAAUCUACUUUUAUACCCAACCAUGGCACCCACCUGUUCCCAAUUUGCCUGUUCACCUGUGGGAUGUUCCAAAUAAGUGUUUGAUGAGCAUUCCUCAACUUU